AUAAUGGCUGUCUGGCACUUAAUAUUUUCAGAAAAGCUUCCUUGUUUUCUACUUUUUCCUGCGACAACUAUAUCCCCUCCUCCUCUCUACAACUAUUCAGCAAUCUUGAGAGCCAAGAAACAGGCUGCAGAUAAGUGAAUUAAAUACUUGAAGAGUACAGAAGAAGGAAAAAAAAAAACACAUUGCCUCAUCAGAAAAGCUCAAAGGUCAAGGAACAUCAAGAUUUCUGUAUUUAAUACCCCCCAGCAGCAUAAAACCAUGAACAUCACAGAGCAAUAUCAGAAACAAAAGAGUGAGAGAGCAGAAACAAUGGGGGAUGAGAGCAAAGUAAUCCUGCAUGGGAUGUGGGCAAGCCCAUAUGUGAAGAGAGUGGAAAUUGCUCUUAAACUCAAAGCCAUACCUUUUGAGUAUGUUGAAGAAGAUCUGAGCAACAAGAGCCCCUUGCUCCUGAAAUACAAUCCUGUUUACAAGAAAGUCCCGGUGCUCGUCCACAAUGGAAAACCAAUCUCAGAAUCACUCCUCAUUGUUGAAUACAUCGAUGAAGUGUGGAACGAAGGUCCUCGGAUACUGCCAGAGGAGCCCUAUGAAAGAGCCAGGGUUAGAUUCUGGGCUGAUUACAUCCAAAAGGUUUUCACCAGCAUGUCCAAGAUCUUUAACAGUGAAGGGGAAGAGUUAACCAAAGCCUGUGAUGAGUUUUAUGAGAAACUGAAAGUGCUGGAAGAUGGAAUCAAGGAUUUAUUUCCAGGUGGUGAUCCAAGGGCUCAAGGCAGGAACUUGGGACUUCUCGAUGUUUUGAUAGUUCCCACUCUCGGAGCCUACAAGGCACAAGAACAAGUCCUGGGUGUGAAGAUUCUUGACCCAGAGAGGAAUCCAUUGAUGUACUCAUGGGUGAAUAGUUUGCUUGAGCUGCCUCUCAUCCAAGAAAUCGCUCCGCCCUAUGAAAAGGUCGUUGCACUUCUUCAAAUGCUCAAAGAAAAGGGUGUCAAGUUUGAAGCCAAUUGAGCAUAUGCUACUGAAACAGUCACUCUAUGUGAUUGGAGUUGGCUGCUAUCCAUCAUUUUGCUUGUAAUAAGGCCAUGAAUUCCAUUUUAAUACAAGUUUGUCAAAAAUUUCUGUCAUGUGGCCUACAUUUUGAGAUUAAGUUUGGCAUUAAUUUGAUUAUGCAUUGCUUAAUUUUUAUACAA